AUGACAAAAAAACAAAACAUUGAAAAAAUUUUGACAACUUAUUUUUACUGGAAUAAAAAAAUGGCUGAGAAAGUAAACCCAAAAGAUAAGACAUGUGACUGCAAGGGUUGGUGUAUAGCAAAAAAAGACAACCCAGAAAAAGGAAUCUUCCAAUCGAUUACAAACAUCGUCUACGUUUUCCGAACCAUAAAGCGAAUCGACUUGAAGAUCUCCAGGCUGAAGCUGAGGAUCGAGCGAAAAUACGGAAAUGUCGAGGAUCAGAAGAAGAAACUAAAGGUAUACAUGUCAUCAAGAGAAUCUUACCUGCAGUACGUGCAUGGAAUUAUUUACAAGCUGGACUCAUGCAGGUUUGUAAGAGAGCAUCUCCAAGGAACAGAACUAGGUGACAAGUAUCUGAAAAUAAAGCAGGAAAACUCUACGCUUUAUGACAAAGAUUAUUUUGUUAAAAAUGAGCUGCCUAAUGACCUUGGCGAACGGCCGAUUGGUAUUAAUUAA